CUAUGUCGUGAUAUCAAAUACCAGAUGACUCGAUUCGACAUGGUAUGAAAGGCAAUAAUUGAAUAGCCAGUAUCAAUACAUUGGCGAAUUUAAGUUGAUCUCAAGUGGUAGACAAACAUGGUGCAGUGACAAUUUCUUCACUCAAUAUAGGUAUAAACGGUCACUCAGCUACUGAUUUUUUCGCAGUUUCGAUUUUCAUUGUUUUUUUUCCGCUUCUAAUGUGAUAACUGUAUAUGUGGAUCUAUAAUAAAUUUGAACUUGGAAUUUAUUAAACGCAUCUUCAGGACAUGAGGUAUGAGGUUUCACAACCAUAGUACAUUCAGUGAUGAAGAGGUCCAGUCAGGGUCGGCGACGGGCUUCUCUGAUGGGGAACGUGAAGAAUCAGCUAAAGCUGCACAGAGAAUGAACAACACGUUUGACCCUGUGACCCAGAUUCUGGACAAGAUUGAUGCUGAACUUGUAUCGCUUACCAGAUCUCAGGGAAGUAGCAGCACUGCCACAACAGGGACAGACAAUACAGUAAUCAGGAGACCAAACAGUAGACAAUCACUGGAGAGUAGUCGGCUUGACAAUGGAGAAGGUUUAUCUCUCAGUCAGUUAGGUCCAAAUUUUAAACCAUCUGUUUCGUUACAAAGUGAGCAAGACACUGGUAUAGGAACCAGCAGCCUACAGGAUAGUACUUUGCAGCAUAGAAGCCUGGAACCAGAAGUAAGACCUCUGGAGCCAGGAGAUAGUUUUAAAGAUGAUAUGCGGGGACAUCACAGGCGUUCAGCUACGGCACCAGAAAUGAUGUUCCUUAAUGGACACCAUAUGUCUGAUGAUGAUAAACAGAAACGUGAGAACCAGAAUGCCUCGCCAUUUGAAGCUAAACAUGUCGACGACAAGUUCAAAGAAAUAUUGCAAAAGCGGAAAGGGGGUGCCCUGAGAAAUGCUGAUGAAGAUAGUCAAACUAUAAGAACAGAAGAUUUUGUCGACAGAUUUCAAGAUACUCUAGUGUAUAGCUCAGCAGAUGAAGCGGAAAAGUUACGAAAUAUCGAGGAUGAUCUCCAUAGCGACGGUGGGUCAGAUACUGACACAUUACAACGAAAACUUGCCAUUCUAACACGUACACCUAUUCACAAUAUCAACAAUACCAGAGAUGGUGGUACUAGACCACUGCCACGUCCUCUUGAAAGAACAAAGAGAAAACUUGCCAGUUCGUUGGAGAUAAGGCCAAGAAAAGCUGCAGGACCUGGCACACCUCCAGUAUAUCCUAAGCCUACGCCCACAACAUCACUGCCACGCCCCUCAGCCAGAUCCUCCCUCAAGUUAACACCUGGACAUGUUAGUGAUGCAGACUCGGUUAGAACUGAAGACUUUGAACACAAGUUUAAGGACAUGAUGGUCAACCCAGGUGGCAAGAAGGAAGAAAGUGAUUUGGAAUCUGUUAGCAAUGAUCCUAUACACACAAAGGUCAAACAGCUUCUCAAAGCUACUGCAAAAUCUUCGCAGAGAAUAGUUACAGACUAUAAGCCAUCAGACAAGCCGAAAUCGGACUACAAAACGAAACAACAUGUGAGAAUUUCCCCGCAGCCAGUACAGUAUCAGGAUGACGACAAGGGAGAUGACUCUGAUGAUACUCUUUGUUCAGACAAACACACUACAGUUUCUUCAUACAGAAGUCCUGAGAGUACACAUGCACUGCAAGAUGAAAGUGUGGAUGAGACUCGGAGACAGAUUGCACGUGAAUCAGACAAGAUUCGGAGGGAGAUGGAGCGAGAACGAAGAGCCAAAUCCAUGUCUCCUGGGCGAGAUCGUUCACCGACAAGAACUUACCUUACCCUCACACAAACACCAAAGACAGUAUAUGACAAAGGUGAUAGACCUAACGUAAACUGUGGAGCUGGAAAAAGCCUUUCGGAUGAAGAAAAGGAGAGGUCAGCAGAACUAAAGGCAACUCACAGUGCUUUAGAAGUGACACAGUCUGCAUUGGUAGAAGCUCGUAAAAACUUGAAAGAGGUUCAAGCACAGUUUGAAGAUGUCAGAACGCAGUUGAUGUUGUCAGAAUACAAGAAAGAAAACUCCUCUAAACAGCUUGCUCGGAUAUCAAAUGACCUGCAGAGAAAGCAGGCAGAGGUUCAGAAUCUGGAUUCACAAACAAAAACCAGAAUGGAAGAGUUGAAACAGUUCGAUGCCAUAGGAUUUACAAAGGAUGAGGCUGUACAGAUUAUAGGGGAUAAUGAGAAGAUGAAGAGUAGGUUAAGGAAUCUAGAUGCCAUACAUGCAGAGAGAGAUGAGUUGAUACAACAGCUUGAUUCUACCAAGCAGGAACUGUUCACUGAAUCAAAGAAAGCAAGGACUCAGAUUGAAGAACUGAAAGAGGAAAUAGAAAAUGUGACAAGUACAUAUGAACAAGCACAGACAGAGAGAGAUGAAGCUGUUAAAAAAGUUCAGAAACUUGAGACGGCUUACAGGAAAAUGGAGAAAGAGAAAAAUGAACUUAUUCAGGCAGUAAGUUCCGGGGAGAAAACACGCCAUUAUGAAGAGGAACGAGAAAAAUACAAGUCGGAGAAAAACGAAUUGAGGAAACGUAACUUAGAUGAAGUGGAAACAAUGCGACAAGAUCUCAUUAGAAUGACAAAUAAAGUUGCAAGUCUGCAAGAUGAAGUGAGGGCGAAGGAAGAACUACAUUUACAGCUCAGGGAUCAGAUAUUGACACUGCAGGAGAAAUAUGAACAUGAAAAAACAAGCCGUAAUUCAAUCCUCGAUGAACACAAAAAGACCCUUCAAACACUGAGGAAAGAAACGGAUACAGCAAUGGUUCAGAUGAGGGAAUCAUUAUUUCUUGAGAAGCAGAAAACGGUUGAUAUGAUGCGUGAAGAACUAGAUCAAGAGAGGCGAGAUAUUGCGGCACGUACUGAGGAGAGAUAUGACUCUCAAAUCACAGAACUUGAGACAAUUAUCAAGGCUAAAACUGAUGAGAUUACACAUUUGAGCAAAAUAGCUGCUAAAUUAGAAACAGAUCUGACUAGAAGUAAGGUGAACAGGGACGAUGAAAUAAAAAUGCAGGUACAGGAAGCAGUGAGCAAGGAGAGAAAGAACUUAGAGGAUGACAAGGACUGGGCGAUGCAGCAGUUGAAGGAUCGACUGGAGCACGAGCACCGGGAGAAGAUCAAACAUUUUCAGGAGCAGAUGACAAGGAUGAAAGAUGAACAGAGAGGUCUAGAGGCCAGGAUGAAAGAACAAAGACAUGAAUUGGAAGAGCUGAAGAACUCAAACAAAGCAGUAGUGCACGAGAAACUUGUGGCUGUAGCACGUGCCAAGGAGUUGAUGAGACAGGAGCAAUUAUCAGAGUUAGACAGAAUUAAAGAACAAUUGAAACAGGAGCAUAAGAAAGAAAUUGACAAAUUAAAGGAUACAAUCAGAGUUCAAGAAGAAGAGCUACGUCAGUUCCGUGAGGAGCGGAUGCGUUUAGCAAGACAACAAAAAGAACUCAGUUUUUCUCAGGACCGGACAGAGCGAACAUUGGUUAACGAGAUUAAUGAAGAAUGCCGGAAAACAUCAGAGGUGCUUGGGCUCACACCCAGACAGAUUUCACUUAGCAAUUCACAGAAUACUACUAGCUCAAAGUCACCUACAACUUCAGCCCUGCAAAAAUCUCGAGACGACCUGUUUCUGUUUACUGACGCCCAGGAAGUUUGUCGUGCGAGUGAGUUUAAGAUAUUAACCUCCCCAAGGGUUGGCCCAAAGGAGCCAAAUGAACAAAACCAGGAGUUCAAAACAGAUCGGGCUAACCUACGUGCAUGUAACGAGGAACUGAGAAUGCAUGUGACCGACUUACAGCGUGAACUUGAGGUACAGCGUAACACAUUAAAUGUUGCAGAUAGACAAAAGAAUAGAAAAAUGGCGGAGGACAUAGUGAAAAUGGAUGAAGCACUUUCUACAUUGAAGAGACAGCUGGAGAGAGAGAAGGAGGAAGAAAUGGCACGACUGAAGGAAAAACUUGUCAGGGGACUUUCAACCAAUGAAUACAGAAGUUUACUAUAUGCCCCUGACAAUGACGCAACAGUUCAUCGCAGUGAGUUGAAGUCUUAUCCAAAUGAACGCCAUCUCCGACAGAUGUCUGAACAACAACAUCAAGAUCUGGAGAGACUUGAGCAGGAGAUCAGCAAAUUAGUAAUGAAUACAGGAUCAGGUUCACAUGGUCAUGAAGAUAUAGAUUAUGCAAAAAGACUUGCCCAGUUACAGUCGAAGGUACGACAGCUGCAAUCUGACAACAGUAACCUACGACGUGCCAAAUUUAACGUGUCUUCCAGUAGCCCUAAUCUCACCACACCUGACAUGUACAACUCACAUAGAAAGUUCACAAUGAGGUCUCCGUCACCGACGCGCGACCAGCAGAGGUUGGCCAGUAAUCUUGAACUAAGAACGCGUGAACACGAUUACGAGACAGAAGCCCUCACUCAUCAUCAGAGAGUUAACAGAGAUAUAAUGUCGAAGAAAAUGGCGGAAAUGUCGAAAUUACAAAAUACACUCACUAAUCAAGCAAAGGAAUUAAUUCAGCUAGAGAAAGCAUACACUCAGUUAAAUCAACAUGCCAAGUCACCAAGAACUUCUGUACGAUAAUCAGCCUAACACCUAGACUGUUCUUAAAGAAAUAUAUCAUUGCUUAUUUAUGAAUAAGCAAAUAUAUAUAUACAGAUUCCAUCCAUAUCUAUUUUAUAGAACAAUCAGUUUAUAUUUAUAUUUAUUUAUAUCUGUAUAUUAAGUGCUUAUUCCGUCCAUUUUUUUUUAAUUGAAGAGUCAUACAGUUAUUUAUUUUUCACUUAGCUGACAGAUCAGAAAUAUCGUCGUAUUUCGCUUAAAAAGUAGAAUAUAUCCCAGCAUGUAUCUAUAUACAUCAUUAUAUAUAUAUAACUGCCAUAAUAUACUUUUCAUAUGCUGUAAUAUACUGUGAUAUUACAUUAUUUAAAUUAAUUGCGAAAUACCGUUUUCUAGGAUAUAUGGGUACAGUUAAAUUUUGGAUUAUAUUAAUAUAAAUCAUGAGGUUUUAUUUAAGCAUGUGUAUUAUUUGCCAUUUAACAUGUUUUCAGUAAACAACAUUACUUUGUUUGGUAAAUGAGGCCAAUUAUUUAACAUUGUAAAAAAUUGAUAAUAUACGGCUCUCAGUUUCUUCUCUUGGUGUAAUUCAGUUUUACCUUUCAAGUAACUGGAUACAGUUGUGUAAAAUGAUACAAGUCUGUGAUGUAGUAUUUUUCUAUACACACUUCUUCUACAUUAAAAAAUUCUGUGAUAUUACAUAGGUAAAUUAUUGAAUUUCAUUUCGUUUAUGAAUAUAUCAUUUCUAUUGUUUCCCUAUAUAUUUCCUUUUGUUAGUCAGAGUUAUUGCAAGUGCUUGUAGGUGCCGUUGUGCAAAAACCAACGUUAGGACUUUGUGAUCAGCAGAGAAUCAGUGCACUAUUUGUUUAUCCACACAUCUUUACCAUUUAUUUAUCAGUGUCAGCACUUGUAUACAACUGACAAGUAAGAGUACAGAUCCUGAUCAGACUGCAUGGAUGUGAAGUCUGAUCUGAAUCAAUAGUGGUCAUAAAGCCCAAACAUUAGUUUUUGCACAGCAGCACUCAAGUAUACAAGUUACCUUUAUAUCAUCUGGGCAACACAUUUUUUCCUGAUUAUUGGACUUCGGAAAUAUUCGCUUGGUCAGUGAAAUGCAUGCAGCUGUAGAACUGCAUUGUUUCGAUGAUGAUUUAAACUUACAUUGACCAGUAAGCUGAUGAGUCAGAAGGGUUUCAGUAUUAGAAAAUCAGCAUUUAAUAUGUGUCUGUUACUUUGCAAUUUUUGUUAACUUUAAAUCAAAUGAUGACAUGAUACUGAAAAUAGAUAUAGAUACAGGGUUAGAAGUAUUAUAUGCAAUUCUUUAUGCCUUUUAAAAAGUUUCCAUGGAACAUUUCUUUGAAUAUUUUCUGAUACACUGAGUGGUCUCUCUUGCAAUAUAUUAGUUAAGGUAACUAGAGUACCUUCCCUUACUUCAUUUUUCAUAUGCAGUGAAACUCAACACGAAAUAUGCAUAGUCCGCCUGCCUUGAUUAUACAGAACUAAAGUUGAUUUUCCUCCGACUAUUAUGUCUGCAAGUUUUCUAGAAUAUAUCUUUCCUGUAUCAAUUUUCUACUUAAUAUGUUUAGUAAUCUGUUGGCUUGAUCCGUACAGUCUGUCUUGGAUAUUUAAGUCAAGUGCUAAUGUUUUAUAUUUAACCAGAAUAGGAAUUUACACGCAUUUAUACUGUGUUAUAUUAUACUUUUAUGUAACGGCCUUUAUAGGAACAAUGAACAUUUCCUGGAAAUAAUGGCAGCUGUUUUCUUUGAUAUUGUAAGAUCACUUUAAAUUUGUGUAAACCUUGUAAUAUUUACUGCAUUGAUUUUUCUUUGUACAUUCAUAUUUUUAUCUGUAACAUUAACUUAAGGCCACCAUUUAAAAGACCAACAUUUAUCCGUGAUUUUUGUAGAAAUAUUAUUUGUAUUAUGGUCGUAAAGAUUAGCCCUGUGCCAAGAAAUAUCAUUGGUCAAUGUCUGUGAUACUGUUUGUGUUACUUGAUCUGAUUGGUUAAUGUCUUCUUAACUUCAGUUUCAUUGGUCGGUAAUUGUGAUAAUGGACCAAUGACACGAAAGCUGAGUAACUCUUGUAUAACAAAAUUGAUAUAAAUAUUGGAUCUUCUGAAAUACAUUUUGUUUGUUUUGGGUUUAACGCCGUUUUUCAACAGUAUUUCGGUCAUGUAACGGCGGGCAGUUAACCUAACCAGUGUUCCUGGAUUCUGUACCAGUACAAACCUGUUCUCCACAAGUAACUGCCAACUUCCCCACAUGAAUUAUCAGAGGUGGAGGACGAAUGAUUUCAGACACAAUGUCUUUUAUCAAAUCGUCACGGAGAACAUACGCCCGCCCGGGGAUCGAACUCGCGACCCCGCGAUCCGUAGACCAAUGCUGUCCCAACUGAGCUAAGCAUGCGAGCUGAAAUUCAUGUUGAAUUUAAACUCUUGGUAUUUUUGCAAGAGGUUUAUCAACUGCAGUUUAUUAAGUUUUUAAUGCAGUUUAAAAUGAUUUUAUCUACAAUGUGAGCAUAUUUAUUUGAAUUUAUAAAUGUGGACUUUUCAUGUUAAAUUUUGUAAACCAGUUUAUUGACCUUUGUAACUAAAAAUAAAUGUGAUAUAUUA